AUGAAAAAAGAAAUAAGAAUAGCUCUUAUAGCUUUAUUUUGCUGCAUUUUGACAGUAAAUUGUAGAAAUGAAUACUCAAGCAGUGUCAUUGGAAACCCCUCAAGUUUGGAUUCACCUCUUUAGGACAUUUAAUGGUGUGGUGAAAAUUCAUCAAAUGAUAAUUUGGUUGUCCUCUUAACUUAAAAGGGUAGCGUUUACAGAUCAGAAGAUAGAGGAGCAUCUUGGAUAAAGAUGGUUGACUCUUUUGCGAGAGUUGGUGUAAAUGUAAAGAUGGAUCUGAGCUCAAACGUAGGUAUUGUUACUUAAAUGAUUGCAAGUCCUAUUGAUUCUAAUGAAAUAGUCUUUAUGGGCUCUGAUGGUAUUAACUGGAUCACUACUGAUUGUGGUGUUACCAUUUAAGCCCUUGGAAUCAACUUAAAUUUGAGAGAAUUUAUGUAUCACCCAACUGAAAAGAAUUGGAUGCUUGCUUCUUCCUUUAACAACUGUGAAAAGCAAAACAACCAAAAAGAUAAGAGAAAAAAGGACACUGAAUGCUUUAAGACUAAAGAUUUGUUUUUCUCUGAAAAUAAGGGUAAAAGCUGGAGAGUUUUACUUAAAUAUGUUGUACAAUUCGGAUGGGCUCACAAAGUUAAUUCUAAGCUAACAAAUGUCCCAACUUCAAGAAUUAUAUACUCUAAGGAAGUCGGAAAUAGUGGUCACCAAGUGAUGAAGGGUUGGAGCAUGAAAACUCAUUUAUUCUAUACUGAUGAUUUCAUGAAAAACUAGAAUAUGAUUGUUAACUAAGGAAAUAAGUUUUUGAUUACUGAAAACUACUUGUUCGCUGCAUAAGUUCACAGUAGUGAUAAUUAACUAGUCAAGUUAAUGGUUUCUUAAUCUAAUUAAAAAGAAUACUCUUUCACUUAUGCUGAAAUUCCUGAAGAUAUACACUAGCACUCAUUCACUAUUUUAGAUACUAAGGAAGGUUAGGUAUUCUUAAAUAUUAAUCACUUGGGCAGUAACUCUCCUAUGGGUAAUAUUUACUAAUCUGACUCAACUGGUACUCGUUUCUCUCUUUCUCUUGAAGAUAAUGUAAGAGGAAGAGAUGGUUAAUGCGAUUUUGAAUCAGUUAAUGGUGUUGAAGGUAUUUUUAUCUCAAAUAUAUUCGCUCCUAGCAAAAAGUUAAAGGGUAUCAAGCAAAUGUUGAAAUCCAAAAAUCCUGAUACAAGCGAUGAAGAUAUUCCAACUGAAAACACAAGAAAGAAAGGUCAAGCAUAAAAUUCUGAAGAUGUCUUAAAAGAAUCCUUAAAAAGUCUUAGAGAUAACAUGGUAACUCGUAUCACUUUCGACAAGGGUGGUAUGUGGAGUUUGCUUAGGGCUCCUGCUAAAGAUUCUAAUGGAAAAUAAAUUAAUUGUGAUAUUAAUAAAAAGUGUUCUCUUCACCUUCACUCAGUUUCUUCAUAACUAAGUUUUGGACCUGCUUACUCAAGUGAAAAUUCAUUAGGUUUAAUUAUUGCUACUGGUAACACAGGAUAAUUCUUAAGUCAUAAAGCAGGUAGCGUCAACACUUAUCUUUCUCGUGAUGGUGGUCUUGUUUGGGAAGAAAUCCGUAAGGGGUCUCACAUAUAUGAAGUUGCUGAUCAUGGCUCUAUCAUAGUUAUGGCUACUGAUUAAGAACCUACUAAGAACAUUAUUUUCUCUUGGGAUGAAGGCCGCACAUGGAACACCAAGUAAAUUAGCGAUACUCCUGUCAUGAUUUCAAAUAUUAUCACUGAACCUGGCAAUACUUCUGACAAGUUCUUAGUUUAUGGAUCUAUUGAAGGUGAAUCUGAUAUUUCAGGAAUAAUUGUCCUUCUUGACUUUGCUUCUCUUCAUCCUCGCGAUUGCUAAGGUUAUGAAAACCCUGACACUUCUGAUUCUGAUUAUGAAUACUGGACUCCUCAUAAUCCCAGUGAAUUCUGUUUAUUAGGACGUGAAAUUAAAUAUGUCAGAAGAAAAAGAGAUGCUGCUUGCUUUAAUCCCGAAACUUUUGAAAGAUCUUAUGUUGUUAGAAAAUGUGAAUGUACUGAACUUGAUUGGGAAUGUGAUGUCGGAUUUGCUCGUGCUAAAGACGAUAGCAAAGAAAGAACUGGCCCUUGCGUUCCUUUAAAAGACUUCAAAGUGGAUUACAAUCCUCCAUAAACUUGCAGUGGCUCUUACCAAGUUACAUAAGGUUACAGAAGAGUAGCUGGUAAUUAAUGUAUAGGCGGUAUUGAUCAUGCUCCAAUUUAAUACCCUUGUCCUAUGUUUGGCUUCUUGAGCUAUAACAACCUUUUCACCAAUGUUCUUAUUUUAGGAGCUAUGGCUGGUGUUUUCUACUUAAUUAUAUAAAAUAAAGAAGUAGUAAUAACAUUUGUAGCUACAUCAAAUCUUGAUGCCUACAUUAACUUAGGUAAAACUUACCUAAAGAAGGGUUAUACUUUUGUUACAUCAAUUGUCCUUCCACAAGCUUCAAAUUAAUAAUAAGGAUAUUUCCAAGCUAACCAAGAUGAGGAAAAUAGAAAAUCUCAUUCCUUAAAGGAUCAACAUCAUUAAUUCCAUGAUAAUUUAAUUGAAAGCCAUGAUCAUGAUGAUGAGGAAGAGUAAAGUGAUGCAGUAUAAUAAUAAUUAACUUCUUCUUAAGUCCCUUAAAAUAAUAGUAACAAAAACAAUAAUAAUAGUAAUACACCAAACUAAGCUCAGCACAAAGAUCUUCUUGAUGAACAUGAUGGUGAAGAAGAUCCUUUUGAUCCUAGAAAUUGA